UCGCCACUUAUUACUUCAUCUCAUCUAAGAAAUUCAAUACAACCCAAUCAUUCUCAAUUCAUCUCGACUAAUCUAAAUUCAAUCCAACUCAUCUCUUCACUACAUAAAUACCUAAAACUAUCCUUUUCCAAUUCAAAAAUGACAAUAAUACCCUUUUUUUUUUCUAUUUAUAUAAUAGUCCAUCACCCAAAUUUAAUCUCACUCGCUUAUUUAAUAUUCAUCCCAUUUAGACCUACCUAGAUCCAGCCUGAUCAGCCCAUUUAUUACUUAAUCUCAUCUUAGACUCACUCAGAUUCAGCACAACCCGCUCAAUUUAUUUUGACUCGCCUAAAUUCAAUCCAACUCGUCUAUUCCCCUAUGUAAAUACCCAAAACCAUCCUUUUCCUAUUCAAAAAUAACAAUAAUACCCUUUUCCUUCUUUUUAUAUAAUAAUCCAUCAUUCUCAAAUUUAAUCGCACUCACUCAUUUAAUACUCAUCCCAUUUAGACCUACCCAGAUUCAGUCCGACCUGCCCACUUAUUAAUUCAUUCCAUCUUAGACUCGCUCAAAUUCAACACAAUCCAUUCAUUUACCAACUCAAUUCACUUCGACUCAUCUAAAUUCAUUCAGACUCAUCUACGCCCCCCAAUAACAAAUACCUAAAACCAUCCUUUUCCUAUUUAAAAUGACAAUAAUACCCUUUUCCUUCUAUUUAUAUAAUACUCCAUCAUCCCCAAAAUCGCUCACUCAAAAAAAUUCCUCCAAAAUGUGCUGCAACUCCCAUGGCAUGACAAUCCCUAAAACCACCCCACCCCGUAUCCCCCUUUACCCCACCCACCCACGCCCAAACCCAAAUCUCUCAUUCCCAAAAUACCCCUCCACCAAAUUCACAUCACUAAAAGCAAAAUCAAACCAAAAUGACACAGCUUCUUUAACCGAUAACCAAAGGAAUAAGACCUUUUAUGAUCUAUUAGGUAUACCAGUAACAGGGUCAUUAUUGGAAAUUAAACAAGCGUACAAGCAAUUAGCAAGAAAGUACCACCCAGAUGUUUCACCUCCGGAUCGGGUCGAAGAAUAUACCCGGAGAUUUAUUCGGGUACAAGAAGCUUAUGAAACUUUAUCGGAUCCUGGAAUGAGAGCUUUGUAUGAUAAUGAUAUGGCUAAGGGAAUUCACUUUGCUUUUAGUGCACGUAAACGUGCUGAUGAGCCAAUGGAGGAGAAAUGUGAGUGGAAAAAUCGUUGGCAGUCUCAGCUAUCAGAACUCAAGAGACGAAGCAUGCACAAGGAGUCCGGUAACAGUAUGUCUUGGGCAGCAAGGAUGCGUAAGCAAAGGAAUGAAGCGUCAUCUUGAUCGAUAAUAACUUGUACAUUUUAUAUUAUUUUGUAUAUACGGGGAUCUUUUUCCCUCUCGUUUUCUUUCAGUUUUCCGGUAGUACUAACCGUAUAUGAAUCACCUAUAGGCAGUGCAUAUUGUACAUAGAGUAUAUGAAUCAAGAACCUUAUUUCCAGUAAUAUACUCCAGCUUCUGGUACCAUGCUACUUUCAGAA